AGACGACUCGACGGUUGGCUAUAAAACAAGAGUGCGUGUGGUACAUGGCCACUGCAUCCCAGCGCUUCAAUCAUGAUAGGAAUCAGUUUCUGUGUGAUAUUGACGAUUUUCCAAGUUGUGUUAUCCGACGUGCCCCCUCACUGUAGAGGACCGCCGCCCGGUGGGGCUAAUCCAAGUGACUGUUGCAAGUUACCAAAGGUUUUUACUGAAGAAGACUUCAAAGAGUGCGGUAUUGAAAAACCAACAAAAGAAAGGAGAGUUCCCGAGUGUUCCAAGCAAAUUUGUCUACUGAAACGAUAUGAACUGAUGAAAGAUGAUACAAAUGUUGAUAAAGAUGCUGUAGCCGCCUUUCUCGAUAAAUAUAGUGAGGGAGACGAGGACAUGCAAAGUGCUGUAGAAGCCACCAAACAGAAGUGCUUGAACAACGAUUUUCCGAAUAUCCCAGAAAUAUGUGAACCGAGCAAAAUCGUCUUUUGUGUUGCAGGCUCGAUGUUAAUGAACUGUCCUAAGUGGGAUGAAAGUGAGGACUGCCAAAAACUUAAAGAUCACUUCGAAAAUUGCAAUAAGUAUUUUCCUAAGAAAUAAUAGUGUAACAUUACAAUAACUGCGCUUUGAAGUCUGUAAUAUCGUUUAAUGAAUAAAACUAAUAUAUUUUA